AUGAUCAGCUUGACUUUCUGUAGGUGCUGCUGCUUCACUACCAACGUAGUCCUAGUGGCUUGGGUUGUUUUGCUGACAGUUGAGAACAGUACUCCCUGGAAGCAGUGGGUCCCCCGCCUCCGCCUCUCAUAUCAAGGUAGGACUUGUCUUGCCAGUCUUUCAAGUUAGUUCCUAGGAUGGACACCCUGAGCCAUAACUAAUCCACACAGGAGGACAAAGACAAGGCAGAUGCAGGCUGUGUAUCUGACCUAAGGGUUCCCCCCCACACCUUCCCCUUUGUCACAUUCACUAAUCCAAAAUCCUCGUCCUGUGACCCUCUCUGAAAGUUAAGCCUCUUCUACUACCUCAGGCAUCUGAAUAUAUGCAAUCCAUUCAAGCCACAUUAAUAUAGGAUGAACAGUCCAUCUGAGACUCUUUGUUCUGCUCUUUUGUACUUUCUAAUCUUAAAUGACUUGCAGGUGAACUCUCUGGGCCCUUCCAGGUGAGCACAAUAGAUGCGCAGAUGUUAACUUAUUCUGCUGGGAUCUAGAGGAUCCCCCAAAGGCGCACUUUUCUAUUGUUUCCCGAGACAGAUGGAUGCCAACCAAUUCAGAGCAUCUGGACAUUUUUUUCCAAUUAGCUUGUGUUGCAGAGAUUUUGCUUCUCUCUUUUUUCUUCUUCCUUCAAGUGGCAAACUUGUGUAGAUGAGAGUAAGUAUGAUACUGUCAACACCACAAUCUGGUCGGCACAUUGAAUGUGAUAGUUUUGUGUGAAAUGCAGUGGCCUCAAACAUCACAAAGAUACAUUGGACAGUGGUAGGGAUGGGAGAGGAAUUGGUUUGAUUUGCAUUUUAAUGUGAGCCUACCUAAUUUGCACUCCUAAAACAAUAAAAAUGCCAAAACACAACUAUUCCUCAAAAUUCACACUUCUCUAAAUGGUGUGAUGCAGUUCUCUAACCAAAACCUGUAUACCAGAAAGGCAAUUCUCUCUACAGCACUCAGACUUUUUGUGGUAUGCCUUUGUUGAACAGAGAGUGUUUGCACUGGGCUCCACACAACAGUGUUGGCUCUGUUUCCUGAAGCACCUAAAACAUCAAGAGCAAAACAAUGAGUAGCCCUUCUACCCUCUAGAAAUGCUCCAAUACUUCAUAUACCGUUAAAAAAGAAGCAGCUCUGGAAAUAUUGUGUCUAUGAAGUCCUUUUUAGGGCUGAUAAGACUAGUGAAAUUUUGCUUCUUUUUUCUUUUGCAGCAAUUUUCUAGACAUUGUGUGGUGGCUGCAAUCUUUUUUCCCCCUUGACAUAAGCCCAGUACUUCUAAGCAGAGCUGUAACAUGCAGUAAUUCUAUAUGUGCAAACUUUUCUGGCCUGUGGAAGCAGUGAUGGGUGGAAAUGUGCCAGCUUAUUUUCUGCUUAUCAUGACUAUUAUAUUCACUGAAAUUCUGUGAGAGGUACAUUUUUUUAAAGUGACAACCAACCCCGGCAAAGUGCUGCUUUGGAGGUAAUAGUGCUGAUAGAAAAAAAUUAGAUACAUCCAAUAUUCAUAACAUGUUUUGGACACAAAAAACUACAUGGAGAUUAGACUAUACAGUCAUACCUUGGAAGUAAAAUGGAAUCCGUUCCGGAAGUCCGUUCAACUUCCAAAAUGUUCGGAAACCAAAGCGUUGUUUCUGACUGGCUGCAGGAAGCUCCUGCAGCCAGCGGCGGAGCAAACAGAUUGGGUGCCUGGGGCGGCUCAUGCCCUGUGCCUGGGGGCGGGGCCAGCCACCCACUGGGGCACCACGGGGUCUCUGAGAAGUCUGCCUGCCUCCUCCAACUCAGCCGCCCUACAACUGAGGGGGAAGCAAUGGGCAGCCUGGGGCAGUGCGGAGCCUACGGGUGCUCAAGCCACUGCCUCACUCCCAGGAGAGACGUGUGGCUCGGGCGCACUGCAGGCUCCACAGUGAGUGCUGCCACCAUUUUGUCACCUCCCUCAGUGGGAUCACCAGGGGCAGGCUGCACCUACUGCAUCUCCCUUGCUACGCCCCUGCCUGCAGCCAGUUGGAAGCCAUGGAAGCCCCAUCAGACAUUUGGGUUCCAAAGAACGUUCACAAACCAGAAAACUCACUUCCAGGUUUACAGCGUUCGGGAGCCAAAACGUCCGAGUACCAAGGCGUUCAGGAUUCAAGGUAGAACUGUAUCUUGUCUUUAUUGAGCGUUCAUCCUGAUUUGUUUGUGGGAAGGAUAUACAGCAAGGGGCAUUCAUUCUAAUUUGCUUGUGCAGUGUUUAUGUAUCUUCUCAUUAAUCAUCCCUUCAUUCCACACUUUUCAGUACAUUUCCACAUCACUCCUAACCACAAAAAGUCAUUUAAAAUAAAUUGAAUUUGUUGUGCUAGGAGAACAGAGCAUUUUAAUCCUAUUUAAUUGCACAAGCCUAAAUUUCCAUUAUGCACGCCAAUCUCUCCCACAAAAUGCAGGCAGUCUGGAGACAACCAAAGGCAGGAUCAAUAAGAGAAAUGCAAGGCAGUCGGGUGGAUCUUAUUUACAAAGGAAGUACCAGUUAAUGGAUGCAGUGGAGCUUUGAUGCAUUACUGCUAAUUCUAGGUAGAGUUAAUUUCCUUAACUAGAACUCAGAGAGUGGAGAUAAACAAUAGAUUUAAAGAGAGAUGAAAGUGGUUUGACAGAUGGAGGUUUUAGGAUGGGGUGAUAGAAAGCAAACUUAGACAAAAAGAGACCACCAGAUUAAUGUGGUCUGCAAUGGGGCCAAACAUUUCCAAAGCACAGAGUUUCAGAUAUACUGCCAGCAGUGAUAACAGGCCACAAAAAUUAAACAAAUCGAUCUGGCUUUCUUUGAAAAGCAAACAGCUGAAAGGCUUUAGCUGGAUAGAAAUAGAACUUCAAAGUGUGUACUAGGGUCAGACAUGCUAGAAAAAUGCUUAAUAUUUGGUCUCAGCUAAAAGGAAGUUCCCAGCUUGCAGAGGACCAAGGGGCAAUGAAGACAAUGGCAGGAGGUGUGACUCACAGAUAUCAAACCAAGUUCAAGGAUACAAGGAAUGACGGGGUUUACAUUUGGAAAGUCCUCGGAGGCGCCCUCCACCCUGGGAGUAGAAUAGGUGGGAGGGAGAAAGAAACAGAUGGGCCGGCCAAAAGGAAAUGAGAAAACUCAAGGCAGGGAGUGCAAAGGAAAGAUGUGCUUGAGAGAAUAAGGCCAAAAACAAUAGCCCACCACAGCAGCAAGACGAUGGCUUUCCUAGUGUUGUCAAUGGGGAGUGUCAGGAUUGUGGGGCCCAGUGCAGUGGCAAGAGCACAAGGAGGGGCCGUCCUUUUUCUUUCUCUAUUUAAAUAGCAGUUAUCACAGCUAGAAAAACAGAAGCAUUGAAUGAAAACAUGGUAGCUUUCCUUGUUUUUGUUCCUUGUUUUGGAGCCUUCUUUUGUUUGAGAAAGUAUUCUGCACAACUCAAAAGCUUGCUUCCCGAAGUUUUUGUGUAAAAUCGGCCCCAAUAAGACGAUGAUGUCACUUUCAUUCUCUUUCACACUAGCACUGCUCAUCCCCAUUGAACGGCUGCUAAGAGGAUGGCAAUGUCUCCCCUCCCACUCCCAGCCAGACUCCACCUUUCUAUGGGAUGGAAGGGACAUAUGCCAAAGGGCGAUGGGUCUACACUACAGCAUCACACAGUUUCUGUCUCAUGGCUCCCUUGCCCAAAUGAAAACGGAACGAAUGAAAGAGCCAGAAAGAAAGUAUACUUAGCAAUAAAGGUUCUCAGACAUGGUUCUCUGCUCUUAGUCUGGUUACCCUAGUAUGUUUUUGCUUUUUUAAAAGUGAUGUGGAUCAGUUAAUUUCCAUGUGACAUUCAAUCUGUCUCCAGCAACAAUUGCACAUAGAGAGUGCAAAGUCCACACACUGCAUCCCUUGAUGGGUUACUCAUUGUUCCUGUCAGUGUUCUACACUAAUAUUGCACCCACACCACAAUGUAGGCAGUUGUGUCUCUAUAUAGGCCUGUGUGGUGUAGUGGUUAAGAGCAGUAGUCUCGUAAUCUGGAUAACUGGGUUCAUGUCUCCACUCCUCCACAUGCAGCUGCCUGGUGACCUUGGGCUAGUCUUUCAUUAAUGCUCCUUGCAUUAUUAUUAUUAUCAGUGCUUUUUUUCUUUAAAAAAUGUUUAGGUGUACUCUCAUUUUGACUCAAGAAAAUCACCAUUUUAUAGUUCAAAUCGGGGAAAAUAAAUACAGUAAAUGGACAAAAGUACAGUCAUACCUUGGUUCUCUAACAGAAUGCCUUCCGGGAGACCAUUUGACUCCUGGAACCGUUCAAAAACCAAGGCACGGCUUCUGAUUGACUACAGGAGCAUCCUGCAGCCAAUCAGAAGCCACAGAAGCAGCGCCAGAUGUUCAGCUUCCGAAAAUCAUUCUCAGGAGAGCGUGAGCAGGCAUGGCAAUUGGGUUUUCUGCAGAUUAUCUUUUGUUAUGAUUUAUUGCUAAAGAGUGGGUUUUCUGGGGGAAAGUGGCAGGGCAAAGGCAAAACUACGCAGACCCAUGCCUAGAAAGCACGAGACAAGCAGGAAACCACUUGGACCCACCUGUGCUUUCUAGGCAAGGUACAGGUAGAAGUGUGGAUGAGCCCACCACCUUCAUAUUUCUGUUUGUAUGCUCCACCUUACAGACCUCCUGAGAUCAAACAGCUCUCAGCUGCUCUUGGACUCUGAGGAUGAGCUGGCACUCCAGACACUACUUGUGGACGAAAAGAGGGCAUGGCUGAUGGCAGGCGCUAAGGACCACAUAUUUUUGCUCAACCUUGACAGCCCCAACAAAGAGCCACAGAAGGUCAGAGUGCCAAAGGAGGUUGCUUUGGGGUGGGGUGGGAAGGGAGAAAAACAGAAAACGGCCAUCAGGAUUUGGUCCAUGUGCUAUACAGGGAGUGUGGGGAGAGAAGUGGAAGGGACGUCUCAUUAGGUGAGUGAACCUCGUUUCCCAUGUGCAUAUCCCACUUACUGCUGCAAAGGAUUCCAUCCACAUUCUUGGUUGUGUUUUCUCUUCCAGAUUUUCUGGCCAGCUCCUAGAGAGCAAAUGGAGCACUGCAGACUGGCUGGGAAGAAUCCUAAGGUAAAAAUGGUGGACUUUAGGCUCCAUGGUUUAGGUUGAGGUGCCUCCUGAACGAUCUGUGAUCACUAACUACAAUGCAAUCCUAUACAUGCUUACUCAGAAGUAAGUCCCACUGAACUGAUGUUGAUUUUGUUAUUACCACCAUCAUUAUUUUACAAAGUUAUAAACUAUUUUAUAACCUGGGGCCAUCAAAGCAGUAUACAACACAAAAAUAAGAUAAAAUACUACAAAAACUAUAAAUCCUAAAACCAAAAAACUAUUCUUACAUGCUCUAAAGCCAUUCAUACAAAUGUACAAUUAAUAGUCUAUAAUUCACUGAGGCUUACUUCCAUGUAAGUAUAGGAUAUAGGAUUGUAGCUAAGAAUGUAUAAAGACAUUCGUUUAGUGAUUUGUGGAUGUGCACAGGCAGGAGCAACUUCUCAAAUGGUAAGUAGAUGAGUAAAUCAGGCUAUGGCCUCAAUCCAGCAUCAGUAGCUUGUAGGGCUGGGCAACAUAUCAAUAUAUCGUCCAAAAUCAGUUUGAAGUUCACAUCAUGAUAAUUGUUUCAUAAUAUUUGAGCUGGCAAUGUAUUGCUGAAUCACAAUGUGUGUUAGGGGCUAGGCGAUAUUUGGUUUUCAGCAUUGUGAUAACUCACCAGCUAAACAUCGCAAUAACUCACCAGCAAAACAUUGCAAAGUUAUCAGCAGCUAAACCUCACAAUAUCACAAUGAGUUGAUUGAUAAUAUCACCAUUUCUCAGUUUUAGACCCUUAAGUAGUAGCAGCUGCCAGGACAUUGUCCUGUUUGCCUCUGCAUAGCUCCUUCCUUAUUUCAGAUAUCGUAAUAUAUCGAUAUAUUGCAAUAUUGGUUUUGAAAACCAGAUUUUGAAAACCAGCUAUCGCCCAGCAAAUACCGUUAGAUGCAGAUCUUGAAAAUAGCUUGUAAGUCAGAUACUUCCUUUCCUUUCAUGGUGGGAAUACUGGGUCAAACCAAAAAUGUUCAAGUAAAAUGCUGCCAUCUUUUACAUCUUUGACUCCUUUACUAGAUGGAAUGUGCCAAUUUCAUCCGCUUUCUCCAGCAUUUCAACAGCACUCAUGUGUUUGCCUGUGGAACAGGCUCCUACCAGCCCAUAUGUGCCUUCAUAUAUCUCAGAGGUGGAGUGGAGGUGAGUUGCAUCCACAAGGCCAGUAUUACAGGUAUCCGAAUCUAGAUGCGGUAUAACUCAUUCUGCAUCCAACUUCUCCCUCUAUGCAUACUAUUGUAUAUUUGAGAGCAAGGGAAUGACUGUCGCAUUGACUUCUUGCGUCAGAUAAAAAAGCCAGCAUUAUCUUUUUACCUGUGUUUUGCAAUAUCACCUGCUUCUCUGAGGAACAGGGAAUUCUUUCACAGAGACUCUUUUCUGAUGCUUUCCAUAGUAAGGAAGGAAGACAGCUGCCCACUCUUCCAGCCUUUUUCAGAAGAUGUCUUGUGCAUUUGCUCUUUCUGCAGACAGUACAAAAACAUUUUGUAGAGAUACCCAGAAUGUAUAAGUGAUGAGGGAUUUAGGAGACAAUCACUUAUUCUCUUCAGGUAUUAUUAACUUCCACACCAGCAUUCUGCCCUCUCUAGUAACUCCAUGGCAACCAUCCCAGCAGUGGAUGAAAUCCUGUAAUCUGUUCACUUGGGCCAAUCCUGCCAAUUCCAGUCAGACUUUGGCAUAAUACCCUAGACACAGGCUUAAGGCCAUUCUUGACUCUUUGGAUUAUGUUGGUCAAAGGCCAAAUUCUUUGGAUUAGCACAAUACGAGUAUAAAUAAUAAGUGGGCACCAUAUUGCUUGGUAUUUUUAUACCUGAUUUCAAGGUUUCAAACAGCUUCAAAUCAAUCACCUCAUUAAUCCUGUUAAUUUACGGUGAUGGUCUCUCCUAAGGAAAUUGAUUGUUUAAGAUGUGUAAGGCUUAUCCACACUUACCUUUCCUCCAUGCUUUCCAGGCCUGGUCCCCACUUUAAAGCUCUGUAUCUGAAUGUUGUUGUUUCUUUUGCUCUGGAGCUUUCCCUGCAAAAACUCAUUCUUUACUGCUGAAUCAUGAGCAAAUGGCAAUCCGUGAAAAAACAGUCAAAGGUAGUGUUAAAGGGCAGUGGUGAAAUGGGAACUGAAACACAUUGGGCAAGAAAGUCCAAAGCACACAAAUGCACAAUGUACAUGGGAGGCUGAGGCCUUUUUGGUGAUGUAAAGUACAGUAUAAAAAAGAGAGAGGAACUUCAGAUAAUCUAACAAGUUAACCUUCUGCUUUUCUAGACUCAGCCCUCUGAAUGCCAGUUGCUGGGAAUCACAAUUUGGGAGAGUCCUCUUUCAAACUUCAUAUACAGUAGUACCUCGGGUUACAUACGCUUCAGGUUACAUACGCUUCAGGUUACAGACUCUGCUAACCCAGAAAUAGUACCUUGGGUUAAGAACUUUGCUUCAGGAUGAGAACAGAAAUCAUGCUCCGACAGCGCGGCAGCAGCAGGAGGCCCCAUUAGCUAAAGUGGUGCUUCAGGUUAAGAACAGUUUUAGGUUAAAAACGGACCUCUGGAACAAAUUAAGUACCUAACCCGAGGUACCACUGUAAGUGUCUUGUUGGCCACUGUGAGAACAAGAUGCUGGACUAGAUGGGCUUUUCUUAUUCACUUCAAAGUAAAGAGAAGCAAAAUAAAUAACUCUCCUGGCCUGCAUCAUUAGAGUUCCAACUGUAUGAUAAAUUUUUCAAGUAUGUUCAGUAAAGGGCAGCUCCAUAGCACUGAAAAAACAACCAAUCUGGAACUUCUGUGAGGUUGCCACUCUGUGGAAAAGCUUCACAGCAUGCCUAAACCACUUUUACAAUAUUAGCACCAAAGGCAAGGUAGGUAGUGCUGACUAUUUGAGUCAUAGAGGUGGAGAAGACCAAAAAUAAUUUAGUCUAACCUCAUGCCACAUGCCACCCAUCCAUUUGAGCCCCUACAGAACCAUCCACACAGUCCACACUGCAAUGGGUAUCACUUGCAGGUGACAAGUGCACCACAGUAGGAUACUCCUGUGGCAAAUAGUUUGGGUGAGAGCAAAGAGAGUGGAAAGGGGUGAUGACGGUGGUUAAAAUAACAGCCUGCACCUUAAAACUCUCUAGUUCAGGAGGUUCCCUGGAGAGCAGCCAGGACUGCUGAGCCAAUUUCUUUGAAGUGUAAAACAAUCUCUGCUGUGAGCAUGAUUGCUCUGUUUACAGUGAUGCUUAUGAAAUCUUUUCCAUGGUCCUCUGCAGGAACCAGUGGUGCCAGCUAUGCAGCUGGUGACGUCCUCCAUAGAAUCUGGAAGAGGCAAGUGUCCAUACAGCCCCCAUGAGCCUUUCACAGGGCUGCUCAUAGGUAAGAGGGACUGUGAACAGAAAGCAGGCAUGAAACCUAGACAAGGGCUUCUUGUAUCCAAUAGCAUCCCUCGACUGACAGAAUGCUAUUUGAUUCAGCAGAGGUUUCUAGGACCCAAAGUCAGGAGGAAGAAGCAUCCAUUUUUCCAGAUCUUCCUUUAUCCUGCAGGCCACCGACCACACUGUUCCAAAAGGUCCCCCAAACUUCUUCGUAUUUUGAGGUGGGGGAGAGGGAAGAGGGAAUAAGCAAAAAUGACCUCCCUCCCCUUUUCACUAAUGUAGGCCUUCUCUGGAUCGAUCAGAGCACAAGUGGAUCCAAGCCAAUAUAUGCUAGGAUCAUUUAAGACAAAUGCAAUAUAUAUUAACAGGUUUUGUUCUAGCAGUGGCUUUUGCAAUCUUUGUCUCUGUGUGCAUCAUUUCUUCAGUGGCAGAAAUGGGGAACCUCAAGCACAGGGAGCACACGUGGCCCUCUUCUCUGUCCGGCCCUUGGAACUCUCCCCAGGCCACACCCCCUCCCAAGUCACACCCCUCAGCCCUAUUUUGCCAUCCUCCUUGGGUGUUUCUGUCUGGCUGGAAUGUGCCCCUGAACUUCCUGCUUGUCUACGUGGAUGAUAGAGAAGGAUGUGCGAUUAUGAAGAAACUAGCCCUGUUCAAAAGACUAAAAUGCACAUUCAUUGCUCUGCUGACUUUACUCCUGCCCUGCCCACCACUGACAUGUGUCCCCCUCCCCGAAGGUCGCCCAGAAGGGAAAGUGGUCCUCAUGUGGAUAAAGGUUCCCCACUCUCUGAUCCAUGGUCAAGGCCAGCACUUCCAUGGGUUGAGGCAAAAAAAAAUUGUUUCAGGCAGCAGAUCCACCCGCCCCACCACUGGAAGCCCUGCCACAGCUUCCCCCAUGCCACCACUGCUGCUGCCACAACGUCCUUGCCCUAACAUGGCACCCUCACCACCACUGUAGCAUUGUGGCAAGGGUGCAGUUGGGGUGGCGGCGCAGGCAGCAGUGCAGGCACUGUGGCAAGGGCAGGGAAGAGGUCCAAAUCUGUUGGGAGCAGUGUUGGCAUAGCAUCAGCAGGGCAUUUUGCCUACAGCAGCAAAACGUUCUUGGACACCCCUGUCUCUGAUAUAUUAAUCCUCUUUCCCAUUAAUGCAUCUCCAUACUGAGUGAGGACUUUUCUAUUUGUUCAACACUUAGGAGGCGUCAGAGAGCAAUCAUACAUAAAUUGUUAGCCCAAUAUUAUUUGUCGUACUUAAAAUGUGCAGAGUGUAGGCAUGAAGCGAAAUAAACUUCCUUAGAGAUCUAGAAUGUAGCUUUUCUGCCAAUAUAUAUAUAUAUAUAUAUAUUUCUUUUUUGGAUUUGACAGAUGGGGAGUUUUAUUCAGGCACUUCUGUUGACUUCAUGGGCAGCAGUGCUGCUUUUUUCCGUACACAGCUUGACAGGGUUGACCAGAACUACAUUCGGACAGAACAGAACCAGGAUUACUGGUUAAAUGGUAAGUGGGUGAUGGCAGAAGCAGCUGCUCAGAAUAUGAUCUCUGUUAGCUAACAAGUCUGCCAUUAUUGUGCAGUUCUUCACCUACAGAGUGAUACAGCAAGGAUAUGGAACCUAAACCAGCUAAUGUGGCUGUGUUGCCAUCAUGAUAACAGAAGGGAGGAUAACUCACAACACUUCAACCCCAUUGCCUAAAAAUAUCAAAUCAAAUUCUUACAGUUCACUCCAAAAAAUAUUUCCAUGUAUUACCAUGAGAUCUCAGGGAGUUAUAAACAUAAUCUUCUUGGCACAGAUAAUAUAAAAAAAGUUGCCAUACAUUAUAGAAAGGAUGGGGGUUAGAAUUCCCUUUGGUUGCAUGAAUCUGGCACGUUAGCUGUUCAGCCAGGGCUACUGUCCAUGCCCAUUGCAUGGUCAUUUCCAUGCAUGCUGCCAUGAGGAGGAAUAUUAAAAGUUCUUUAUGUGCAAUUGGUGGAGCAGACAUGUCCUUUCUUCCAAGCAAAGCAAGUUGAGGGAAAGGUUGUAGGUCUGUUUUGUAUAUUAAACUCAAUCUUUAAACAACAAAAUCAAAAAUGGAUGGACAGAUUUACAUUGGCACACAAAUUAACUCAAUAGUUGUUCUGCCUGGAGAGAAAUGGGUGGGAUCUCUUGGUGACAGUGAUACUUCUGGACUGAGAUUGACUGAGUAGUGCAGAGAACUGAUUGACCAGAGAACAGGAGAUGGGUAGAAAUGUCUCCCUGAGCCACUCUACAUUCAGAGGGAUUGUGGAGGAAUGUGUGGAACAUAAAAAUGUGGGGCAAGAUAUCACCAGAAGCCUCCGCUCCUAUAGCCAUGCUACCCUGGAAAGGGGGGCUUCAGCAGCAGGGCAGCAGCCAGGGUAACAACACCUUCCUGCCUCAGGUGGCAAAAAAAGGACAGGUAGCCCACGAAUUUCAUAACUGGGUUUUCUUUUGUCCUUUUGAAAUUUUUUUGCAACCGUAGUUGUCCUCUUUUAUUGUUAUCUUGAUUUUUAAAAAUCAUUUAUUCAUACAUAUACAGUGGUACCUCGGGUUAAGUACUUAAUUCGUUCCGGAGGUCCGUACUUAACCUGAAACUGUUCUUAACCUGAAGCACCACUUUAGCUAAUGGGGCCUCCUGCUGCUGCUGCGCCGCCGGAGCACGAUUUCUGUUCUCAUCCUGAAGCAAAGUUCUUAACCUGAAGCACUAUUUCUGGGUUAGCGGAGUCUGUAACCUGAAGCUUAUGUAACCCGAGGUACCACUGUACAGGUAUAUAUAUUGUUCUGCCAGCAAUUUUUAACUAAAUUGUAGCUGUGACUCCUUGAUUUCUGCAUUGCAGGGGUGACCCUUGGAAUCCCUUCCAACUCAAAAAUUCUGUGAUCCUUUGACUUUUAACUGAAUUUCCCUCCUUGCAGAGCCUGUGUUUAUUGGUGCCUAUGCUAUUCCCGACACCUACAACCAUGAUGAUGAUAAGGUGUACUUCUUUUUCCGGGAGACUGCAGUGGAAGCUGGACAAUGGGAGAGAAGGCGCAUCUAUACCCGGGUGGCACGGGUCUGCAAGGUCAGUGAGGGGAGUCAACUGGACAACCCAGCUGUGAUUCAAAGAAUCAGCUCAGCCUAUAGGAACCAUUGCUUGCUGCUUUGAAUAUUUAGUGUUUGUCAAUAUGAUCAUGCUUUUAACAGGCCAGAAAGGGAUGAGCUGCUUUUUGUCUGAAUGUGAAUCCUUCUCAGAGUGACACUGGUACCCAGAUGCUGGGUAUAUAAAAUCUUUUUUUCCUCCUCCUGUGACGGGAGUUGGGAACUUCUGGCUUUCUAGAUGUUGAUGGACUUCAACUCACACAACUCACUCUUGAACUUGGUAACAUCUAAUUUGUAAUUUGUAAGAUUGCAUAUAUCUCUCAAAUAUUGAUUUGAGACUGGUACAUAUAUUCUUUGAGAUAUUUAGUGUGCAAUAUACUUUCAUUGUGCAUACAGAGUUUGUGCUUGAUGAAGACUCCAACUCGCAUCAGCCCUAGCCGGUAUAGUCAAUGGUCAGGGAUGGUGGAAGUUGUAGUCUGGAGAGCCAGAGGCUUCCCAUCCCUGUUCUGCAGCUUACAAUGUGGAUAAUUUUCCUUCUCCCUGUGUCUUGGAACAUGUAAAAUAAAAGCAUGGUACUCAUCUGAUAAGCGUUCUUUUCAUCAGGCAGAACAACCACCUUGAAAUCAGAAAGUGUGCAUUGAGAACCAGCCUGUGGUUGCAGCCAUGUUGUGGUUGCAAUCCCAUGUUGACUUGGGACUCCAUAGGAUUUCCUUCUGCAUUGAAGUAGGCAGAAAAGUGGGUGUUCCACUUUUGCCAGAAGGACUGGACAAUUCUGAUCAUCCAAAGUUUUAAGACAUACCAGUUGUGUGAUCAUGAUAGGGUUGAUUCCAGUCAAAGCAGUAGCUUGGGACAGGGACAUAGGCUUUCCAUAAAUGGAUGAGGAGAUUAUAGUCCUGACUGGCUCCUCUUUGUGGCUGGCAGAAUGAUGUUGGUGGGAAGCACAGCCUCAUCAAUCGUUGGAGCACAUUCCUAAAAGCCCGGCUGGUUUGCUCCAUUCCAGGUCUGCAGGGCACCGAAACACACUUUGAUCAGCUGGGUAAGUUUGCUUUGCGUUCUCUCAUUCUUUCCUCUGGUAAUCAGUGAUUACUAUUAUUGGUGGGAGAGACUUGCAUCCUGCAGUACUGGUUCAGCAUCGUUUUUCCACGCCUUCCUCUCUGCCCCACCUUGAACCUUGCUUGAGUGAGUGGGUGAAUCUGUGGGAAGGAAGUUCCUCCAUUUUACUUUCUCAAUGGCUGGAUGGCCAUCAUCAUAUGUAUUGGGGUGAGGACAUUAUUUCUUAAUGCACACAUGCUUAAUUUGAAAACUCUUUUCCACCAAACCUGCACUUUUCACUCUGAGGUGGGCAGACCAAUACUUGUGAUUGUACUUGUUUCUGGGGAGGGACUCUUUUCCAAUGUGCAGUCCUCUGUGAUCAGAAAUGAGAAAUGGGAAAUGUGGCCACUGCUGCAAGAGCACUGAGGGUUCAUUAAUACACAACAAUAUUUUACCAGACAUUAAGUAUUCAGUUGACGACACCCUUUUCUCAACAGCAAAAAUAAAGCACACCACAGUCACUACCCAACUCACAUCCUUAUUAUUUAAUACAAGACAUAGUGCAGUUAAUAAUUGAUGCUUUAUUUUCUGAUUAUUUACCAUUUAAUAGUUGUGUGUAGGUAUGCAUGCAUUCCCCUUUAAGCAAAAUACUUUGGGAAGACACACUAGUUUCUAGUUUAUCCAGGGUACAGAAUUCAACUUAUCUUGGGCUAAGACUCUUGGCACAGAAUUUUAUUUUUUCUAGUGCAGAGGAUACACCAUUCUGGUCAUAACUAAUACAGCAGGAUUUGAUGUGUUCUGCCCACCAGUUCCCCCCGACUCUGUCUUAACAGCUGCUGAAGUACCUGCUUAGGUGGUGUUAGGGUUUUUGGAGCUGAAGCUGCAAUUGCCAUAAGGGUGGAGACAUUGUUAUGAUUAGAGCUCUCCCUUGUGUUCAGUCUUCAAGACAGUUCUAGCAGCCAUCCACAGACCUCCUCAUCUCAUCUCAUGUGUUUCCCACCCCAAUGUUUCUUUCCAGAGGAUGUAUUCCUCCUUCACACCCGUAAUGCACAGAACCCUCUCGUUUAUGGCCUCUUCACAGUGUCAAGGUGAGUGUUAAGAUGAACAACCCACAUCAGGAAAUUGACUCAUUGUUUGUGCAAGCACCAGGUUUACUUCAGCAUUGACAAAGGCUAACACAUCAUUUAAACACAGUGCUUGUGCACAGAUACCUUAUGCAAUGAGUUUCCUUGGCUCUGAAUUGGAGGCAUGAAAAAGCACUACCAGACAAUCACUCUCCCCAAGUCCAAAUACUUGCAAAAUGUAGUGCACCUUGUUCUAAGUCACUCAUAAACAUGGGGGAGGUGGGAUGGGGUUUUGUGCAGUAUUCCAUUACGAAACACAAUACUCCACAAAGCAAAGAUCAACAUGGAGGACAGUUAGUGAGAACAAAGUGCUUCUCUGAAUCAGUGCUGGAAUGCAGGAAGUGUUAAAAGAACAUCAUUUGAAGGGAAACUAAUUCUUUAAAGAUAGACCCUUCUGUGAUGAUUUAAUGCAGAGGUAGGGAACCUGAGGUCCUCCAAAUCCUUGAAUAAAGUGCCUAUUUUCUAAGGUAGAAACCUUUCAACGUAACAGUUUUUCAGGUGCGCACAAUGCACGUACCAUAUAGCCACAGCAUCAGUAGAGUAUGAUUCUAGGAUUUGCCAGUUACUCCCCCCCCCUCUUCUUUCCCAGUGGCAUUUUUAGUGGCUCUGCUGUGUGCGUUUACUCUUUGGCAGCCAUUCGGGCUGCUUUCAAUGGACCCUUUGCACAUAAGGAAGGCUUGGACUAUCAGUGGGUGGAAUUCAAGGGACGGAUCCCCUACCCCCGCCCUGGAACGGUACGUCCUUAAAACACAAAAGUUUCAGCCGGGGAUGGGGAGUUCAGAAUCUGAUUCAGUUUGCAUUUAAAGGUGAGCCUAACUAACUUGCACUUUCUGGAGCAAUAAAAGCAAAACCAAACAGCCUUCCUUCAGCGCUUGCAGUUUUCCACAUUUUGCAAUGCACAUACUGGAGUAAAGUGUGCUUAGAAUUCCUAUAGUAGUGAAAAUGACAUACACAAAUGCAUUGUUAGUUAGGGAAAGUUGCUUUGCAAAAAGGUGUAUAGUGGGCAAAAUUGCAUAGGAACGUUAGUAUAAAUUUGUACUAAAAUGCUGAUGAAUUGUCAUGAAGACUUUUUUUUGCCAGCCCAUAAAUAGGGAGGUUGGAAAGAACUAGGAGACAGCCACAUAUUGGUAGGUUAUUUUGCUUUCCAUUGCUCCAUUGCUUUCGUUAUUUUGCUGCUACAGAACAAGAAGGCUACUUAUUGUGGAACUUGAAUCCUGUACUGUCUUGUACCCUUUCCCUCUUUUUAUGUCCUCAUUAUUUCUCUGCCAGUGUCCCAGCGAAACAUAUGACCCACUCCUCCAGUCAACAAAGGAUUUCCCUGAUGAAGUGAUUGGCUUCAUGCGCACCCACCAUCUGAUGUGGGACCCCGUCUAUCCACUCCAUUGGAAGCCUGUUCUGAUGAGAGCCAAUGUAGUCUUCCAGAUCAAGCAGAUGCUGGUGGACAGAGUGGAGACAGAGGCUGGACCUGUUGAUGUCCUCUUCCUUGGAACAGGUAGAGGGUGCUAGCUAAAGAUGUCCGCCUCUCUUUGUGACACACUACAUUACAAUGGUCUUUUUUCCAUGGGCCCUUUGUGUCCUUUCCCGCUCAGCAGGCAAAGGAAGGUGAGGGAUGGUAGUGCCCAAACGCCAUGAUGUCAUGAUGAAGGAAGAGAGAUUGUCGCAGUAAUUUAGGAGUUUGCCCAGUCAAAAUGCUGUAAGAUCUGACAACUUUAUAUUUUGAAACGGUCCCUGAUGUUAUUCUGGAAAGCUUUUAACAAAGAACUGCCUGUCCCUAAGAAUCUCACCUCAGUAGGUACUGCAUUAGAUCAGAUAGGAGCUCCAGAGGUAAGGAUUUGAGGUACCAGGCUAAAGAGGUUCAAGGUUGUGAUCCUAAACAUACUUGUUGGAAGUAUAGCCAUCAAAUUUGAUAGAUUGACUUCAGAGCAAAGAAGAGUUUUAGAAUGGCCUAACAAGAAACUGAAAGUGAGAGUUUUUGCUAAUUGUUACAUUACAAUUAUAUGUCCGGUUGAGACUUAGGGUGCAAUUAGAUAUGGUGGUGGCAUGAUUCAACCCAAAUCAUGCAAAAUGUCUACAAAGCAGCAGGGCUUGGAGAGGGGAAUUUUUAAAUGGAUACUACAGCACGGGAGUGUGGUGAUGGAAGCCACGUCUUUCCACUGCCUGUGUUUGUGGCCUUGAAGCUCUUUUCCUCACCAUUUUUCUCCCUAUGAGGGUUGCUCCCUAUUGCAGAUCCCCACUAGGAGAAACACAGCUGGAGAGAAGCAAAUGUAGGAAGCAGGUUAUGGAUGAGGAGGAAGACCCAUUUCACCCCUCCCCACCCACGUCAUGCUGAUCUCUUUCUGCUCUUUAAGGGGAAAGAGCAGUGUGCCAGUACUGGAUGUCACCAGCCCAUGAGUGGGCAUUCUUUGUACACUGCCAUUCUAUUUAUUACAAAGCCUUGUUGCAGUUUUUGUCAAUGUUUUUGUUUAUUAACAUGAGUAUAAUCUGAAAUAAGAAGUGACCCUUCUGAUUGCUAAUUGAAGCAUAAUUUUCCUACUAGCAGUGAUUUCUUAUAGGGGGGGAAAAGGUGCCGGUACUGUGUACCCCUGAGUAUCCCCAGAAAAAAAGCACUGCCUACCAGUAAAAAUAUGAUUCUCUACAAAGUAUUUAUUGAAAGAUACACAUUUUAAACAAAUAUAAAAAUGUAAAGUAGGAUUCCAGAAACUACAGGCUGUCAUUUUGGACAGGGAUCACUGAAAACAUCAGCUUGGUACAUUGCAGCUAUCAAAACAAUGCUAGAAAUUAUUAGCAAAGAGAUGAAAUAUAACAAAGAAAAUAUCAUAAUAGCUCUAUAUAAAUAUGCUUGAUGAGUCCACAUCUUGAGCACAGCAUGCAACUAAUCUGAUCGUGAUAUCCCAAGAAAGACUUAUCACAGCCAAAAAAUUGUAUGGAAAUAACACAUUAUUAUUGCUAUGGAAUACCUUCCAUAUGAAAAUCUUCCAUACAAAAGAGUAUGGAAGAAAGUUGUGGGAUAUUGUCAGUGUUCAGCAGUGUUGUGCACUGAACAACUAUUAUUAUUUAUUAAUCACGUUAUCACAUAUUCCCAAAGCAUCUAAUUCAGUAUUGUUUACACUGAUUGACAGCAGCUCUCCAGGCCUUCAGGCAAAGGACAUUCCAAGCCUUGCCAGGAGAUGCCAGGGAUUAAUAGAAUCAUGGAAUUGUAGCAUUAGAAGCUGGGACCUUCUGCAUGCAAAGCUGUGUAGCACUCACAGUGUUCUGAAGCCUCUGCUGCAUGCUGAGAGUAAUGCAGGAACAAUGGGUGCCUCGUUUCUAACAUCCUGUUCUUCAUACCUUGGAGUAUCCAAAACUGGCAUCUUUCGGAGAUAGUUUACUGGACUCAAAUAAACUGCUUUGACUAACUUUGACCUAACCAAUUCCGUGCAGCAAGAACUGGUGCAGUUACCCCGUGAUAUGUCCUUACAUCUUAUUCUGCAGAUGAUGGCAAAGUACUAAAAGUGGGGAUUGCUGGCAUAGGAGGCCAAGACCCUCAGGAAAUUAGCUUGGAAGAGAUCAGUGUUUCAAAGGUACUGUGGAAAUCUCAUUGAUCCUUAAAAGCCUUUUUGUUUAUGGAUCCACCAAGAAAGUGCCAUGUUGCCAGACGUAACUUGUGAUGAAUUUUUGCUGAUUGAAAAUAGAGACUUUGUCUAUUAUGGGGAUGGUGGUUGCACCAAUCAACAUUCAGGAUGUUGUGCUUUCCUUUUCUAAUUGGAAUCUUGGUGCAGAGCACCUUUCACCAUCCUGGUGCCUUCAAGGUAUAUUUGGAUUCCUUUGUCCAUCAGUCCCAGACAGCACAGCUUAUUGAGAUGAAACUGCUUUGGCUCACCUUCAGCACAUCUGGCUGGGCUGAUGAGAGUUGUAUUUCAAAAUAUCUGGAAGGCAUCAAGCUUGAAAAAGAUCGAAAUGGAGCAAUAACCAACUCCUGGCAGUUUUUCCUGGAAGCCAAGCAAGUUGAUUUUUCCCUUCAGUAUUGACUUCACUUGACCUUGAAUGGAUGACUUUGAACUAAAGGUUAUGGCCUGCAUAUAGAAAGAUGGAAUAUACAUUUUAAAAAAAUAAUGAUCAUAAGAUACAUGACUGCUGAUGAAAAUGGAAGGCAUAGAUCUAGCGUCCCCUCCUUGCAACAUAUACUACAGAAGUAGCCAACACGAUGCCCUCUGGGUUUUGUUGGGCUACAGGUCCCAUAAUUUCUGACCGUUAGCUAUGCUGACUGGGGUUGAUGGGACUUGUGCAUUUCCAGGCUCCUUAAUCAACUGUCUUAGGGCUUAGCUGUCUCUUGAGAGCCUACAGCAGCUUCUUACUUUUGGCGCAUCAACCUAGAAUUUUAUUUACUCUGCAUUUAACUGGAGUGUUAAGGGCACUGGAGAAAUGGGAACUAACACACACACAGGGCAAGAAAGGCCCAAGCACACAACAUAUCUGGAGGUGAAGACUGUUUUUGUGCUGGCAAAGUGUAAAACAAUGGAGAACAAAUUAGCCUGCUACUUUUCUGAACUCAACCUUCUGAAUGUCAGUUUGAUUCAAAUCACAAUUGGGAAGAGAGCGUGGUUGCACUCAAGUCCCGCUUGGUGGUUUCCUGUAAGCAUCUGGUUGGCCACUGUGAGGACAGAAUGCUGGAUUAGAUUGGCCUCUGGCCUGAUCCAGCAGGGUUGCUCUUCUUAGGUUUUUUAGUAGCAUACAAGAAUGUCAGGAAGACAGCAGGCUCAGUUUAUGAACAUACCAGUCUAUAGCUGUAGUGGAAUUUUGGGGGUGCUAAUACUGAAUUCAGAAUAGAAGUUUGCUGUGCUUGUUCAAACUUCUCCUGUCUUCUCUUUCUUGUAGAUGUCUUCAGCCAUCUUAGACAUGCAGUUUUCUCUUAAGAGGGUAAGUCUGUAUUUGUUAAUCUACCAGUAGCAUUUUUCUAUAGGACAGCCUUCCUCAACCUGGUGUUUGGACUACAGUUCCCAUCAGCCCCAGCACGCAUAGCCAAUGGCCAAGGAAUAGAAGAUAGCACAAAACAUCUGGAGGGCACCAGGUUACAGAAGGCUGCUCCAGAGUACGUACUUCAGGGCAGGCUUCUCUCAAUAUUUACUAAAUAUGUUAUGAUUUUGAGUCUUCCUUCCUGCUCCCAUAAGAUGUUUGUGUUCCCCAUACUCAUGGGAGUCUGCCAGCUUUCAUGACUUAAUGGAAAGGGAAACAAAAGUUGAUGCCUAUUUCUAUUCUUGGUUCUGUGAGCAGCAGGAGGUGUUUGUGAGCACUACAAAUGGCCUGGUCCAGCUCUCCCUGUAUCGCUGUGAACACUAUGGCAAAACCUGCACCGAAUGCUGCCUGGCUAGAGAUCCCUACUGCACCUGGGAUGGCAGGUCCUGCAGGCCCUACUUGCUCACAAAAAAAAGGUGAGUUCUCACCUUGUCCUUCUCUCCCUUCUUUAGCGUGCCGUCUCUGUCCUCCAUACACUUCCUAGUACUCUUUAGUUGGCAUAGUUGGAAUGGGGAUCACCAUCUAUACACGAGCAUGUGCUAUGGCUGUGUAUACUGGAUGGCCUGUCUGGAGUUCUCUUUAGAUCAUAUGACUUGAGCAUCAAACAUUUAAGUUGGACUGUCUGUAAAUCCUGACCUUCCCUAACCCAACCAGCAUCCAAACUUAGGUCCCUUACUACAUUCUAUAUAGGGCUCCCAUCCCAGCCAUUUUCUUGCCUAGGCACCUUCUGGCUGUGGGGAAAGUAGAACACUGGCCAUUAGCUUGAGCCAUGCUGUGGGAAAGUUAUGUAGAAGCCUAGAAUUUAGCUUUCCUUUGCCAGAUGGUCAUCAGAUCAUUGCAGGAAAAAGGUGCACGGGGGGUGGGGGGCAGGAUGCAGAAAUAGAGCACCAGAUCCAAUCAGCCCCAGCCAGCACAGAAAUAGUCAGAAAUGAUGGGAGUUAGAGUCUACCAACUUCUGGAGGGCCACUGGUUAGCUAUCCUUACUAUAUAAGGUGAGGUGCUCAGCACUUCACCUUGCUGGAAUGGAGAAGGAAUGGUGAAGAUGCACUGCCUCCUGUGCAAAGCAACACAAAAACAACUGGAGAUGAAUUCGGUGAAGACUGAAGAACUGGGGCCGCCACUCCAUUCCCGAGCCAUACUAUCCCUUCAUGCCAUUUUCGCGUGCACUGCCUGUUAGGCCAAGCCCACUAGUCUCCUUAAAAGAAUCCAGAUGUUCCUGAACAUCUCUGAAACCUGGCUAAGCAUAUGCACCAACUUUCUUCCCUGCAGGCGAGCCCAAUGCCAAAAUGUGCUGGAGGCCAAUCCGAUCAGCCAGUGCCAGGACACUGCAAAAGGUGAGUCAAAGGGCACUCUACUGGGCACACCAAUGGUGUGCUAAGCCCACACCAAGCAGCAAGAGCCCACCGCUGUUCAGUCCUGGGGAAAAGGUAAAAAACAACUUAACAGCAUCCCUUGCGCCAAAGCAGGCUUUAGUGUACCUCAGCCUUAGUUCUUGCCAGAAGUUUAUGCAGCCUCCUCCUGAUCACUCUCAGUGCUGCCAGGGUGAUUUACCCACAAAACACAUGCUUAAGUGGAGGUGGUUUAAACACAGAGCCCAAGAAAGACCACCUGGGAAGUGGCACUCAUCUCAUUCAAAGUGCCAUGUUGAUUUACAUUGAGUUUUGCUGCUGUCAGGAGCCAUUAGUGAUUAAUUUAGCCACAGCUGCUCAAAAGCUGGACAUAUUGAGGUGCUCACCUGAGUUUCCAUAAACACUGUCAGCUCUGGAUUUAGGCACAGAAGUUAAUGUAAACCCAACAUUUGGUUCUGGUUUGUGCAGGCUCCAACAUACGGGAUUCAUGUUACUUUGCAAGGGAUCCUUAUCCUGCACCUUUAACGCAGGCCUUUACUCUGAGCCUCUGUAGGUGUAAAGUAACACAUUUAUCAUUGCACACUUCCAUUAUAGUGACUCCCACUUUGGACUUGGCUAAUGCUUCACUCUAAAUUACCCACCUGCAAAAACUGUAGAUAAGCGACUCCCUCUGUUUUGCACUCUCAGAAGGGAAAUAAGUUUCUCUAAACCCAUACAUACAAUGCCACCACCUUUACAUUUUCUCUUCCCAAGUAGUAGCUGGGUAGUAGUUAAAAUAAAUAUUUCAAAUGAAAUUCAAAGUGGUACAUAGUAUCUGAAACAAAACAUAUACACAACACAUUGGAAGUUUGCAGUGGGGAUUACUUCUUCCUACUAUAUUAACAAUUUUUGUAUUUGCUCAUCAAAUUUGCAGAUGACACCAAAUUGGGAGGGGUAGCUAAUGCCACAGAAGACAGAAUCAGAAUUCAAAAUGACCUUAACAGAUUGGAGAACUGGGCGCAAGCUAACAAAAUGAAUUUCAGUAGGGACAAAUGUAAGGUUCUACACUUAGGCUGGAAGAACCAGAUGCACAAAUAUAGGCUGGGGGACACCUGGCUUACUAGCAGUACAUGUGAAAAGGAUCUAGGGUUCUUGGUGGACCACAAGCUUAACAUGAGUCAACAGGGGUGCCAACUUGAAUAAAAUAUUGUGGGGGCCCUGGUAAGCCCCACUCCACAUAAUUGUUCACAUGGUGCAGUGCACACACACCUUUUGAAUGAGAAUGCCCGUCAACUUUGCGGGGGCCAGGCCCCCUCAAAUAUUUUAUUGUGGGGGCCAAAGACCCACGGCCCCUGGGAGUUGGCUCCUAUGUGAGUCAAUAGUGUGGUGCAGCAGCAAAGGCUACAUCAACAGAAGUAUAGUGUCCAGAUCAAGGGAAGUAAUAGUACCACUCUAUUCUGCCUUGGUCAGACCACACCUGGAAUACUGUGUCCAAUUCUGGGCACCACAAUUCAAGAAGGAUGUUGACAAGCUGGAACAUGUGCAGAAGAGGGCAACCAAGAUGAUCAGUGGUCUGGAAAGUAAGCCUUAGGAGGAGCGCUUGAAGGAGCUGCUAUGUUUAGUCAGGAAAAGAGAGGGGUGAGAGAUGUGAUAGUCAUCUUCAAAUAUCUUAAGGGCUGUCACACAGAAGAGGAAGCAUGCUUAUUUUCUCCUGCUGUUGAGGGUAGGUCAUGAACCAAUGGCUUCAAGCUACAAGAAAGGAGAUUUCGAUUAAACACGAGGAAGGACUUUCUGACAGUAAGAGCUGUUCAGCAGUGGAACAGACUCCCACAAGAGGUGGUGGACUCUCCUUUCUUGGAGGUUUUUAAGCAGAGGUUGGAUGGCCACCUGCCAUAGAUGCUUUAGCUGAGAUUCCUACAUUGCAGGGGGUUGGACUAGAUGACCCUUGGGUCCCCUCCAACUCUAAGAUUAUUUGAUUCUAUGAUUUAGUGCAAAACGCAAAAAAACAAAAAAACACCCUCCUUGAUCAGUGAUUCCCAAGAGCAACUAUGUGUAACUGUGGUUAUGACUAUGUGCAACUGUCAGAGACUGUAUUUGCUGUAGUUAAGAGCAAAGUUUGUAUCAGAGCCCCAGUGAAAAUUGAAGUGGGAAGGUUAUAUGCUUCCUUCUCCAGCUGUGGCCAUCCUGUUGGUGUAAACACAUUUCAAGGGGCUCCUGUCCAUCAAGAGCAGCUCUGAGGCAGAGACAGGCAGGGCUUCAAUGGUAAGAAGGUGAGAAAUCCCCAUUUGGCAAGCUGAACUCGGCUGGUGGGUCUUAGGAUCUAAGCCAAUUGAUAUUAACUGUGGAGGAGACAUACAACCCCACUGUUUAUACAGGUGUUUAAACUCAGGAGAGCACAUACACCCUCCAGCUAAACUGCACGAAGGCACUUCACCACCUCUUUCUCUUAACUUCUGAGGGGGAAGAGGCCAGUGAACAAUUAGUCAACUCUUUUGAGAUGGUAAUAAACAUCUUCAACUUCCUUGCAGGAAAGCAUUUAAUGAUUACCAGAGUUUAAACAUUAAAUGUUAAGUUCAAGUCCCCAGCACAAAUAGUGGGUAGGGGGACUGGGGCUUUACAAAGCACAAGGUAGCUGUGCUUGUCCACAAGAUAAAACUUGAAAAUCCACAUUCAGGCAAUUCCUUUGCAAGGACCAGUCAAAAUGCCUCCAAAACGUGGAAAGCUGUCCGGUUCUCUAGAACUCUUCAUCAGACAAGAUGUUGCACAAAGCAGGGGGUGGAGAAGUUAGAAACAUGAGGUUGGAUAUUGUAGCCAUGAGGUCUGCAUGUACAAGAUGUGCACAGUAUUGUGUACUAUAGCCAACCCAGAUUGUUGCUGAGGGCGGGGGGAAUGAAUGCAAAGAACUGCAGAAUAAAUCAAGACAGUCCCACAGGGUUCAGGGAGCAACUAAUUAGUGCUCAGUCUGCAUAGCUGAAAAGAUAGUAUUUUGCACAACACAAGGGGCAAUGACCCUGUUUAUCACUUCCCACAAUACCAAGGAGCCGGUGUUGAAUGCUACUGCACACAGAGCUCAGGGAAAGAACAAGAAGUCUCAUGAGGUUUUGCAAAUGGCCUUCACCAGUAUUUAGAAUUCUGAGUCUGGAAGCAUUCGCCAGUCAUGAAUACUACAUAACUUACAAGAUCCCAGGAAUGCUGAAUACCAACAGUCAAGAAGUUGUUGAUACUGCAAAUAUCUAAUCCUCUAUACAUGUGGGAAGGCUCUUUUCAUAUACCAUAACUCACUAAUGGAAGAGGCGAGAUAUUUGUUGAGUUUCUGAGCAAGUCAUUAUAAUGAGGGCUAAUUCAAGCACAGAGCUCACAGAGACUUUGGUUCAUCCAGGUGGGUACAGUAUAGUGCUAUACAACUUAUAAAUGCCCUGCAUGUGCUCUUUGAAAGCCUACUUUUAAGUCACUGUAAACUGUCAUCAAAAUGACAGUUUUAGUAUGUAACUUUGGGAAUACAUAAGACACACGUGUGUGUGUGUGUGUCUCUCUGUGUGUAUGUAUCUGGCAUUAUGUAUUUAAAACACCCAUGUGUUAUUUAUUUAAUAUUUGAAAUAGUCUUGAGUUUCCACUUUUAUUUUGAUUUUUUUUAAAGUAUUUGUCUAUCUCUGCACUUGAGAAAAUUAAAUAAUCAUUUGAAGAAAACUAACUGCUACAUGAAGGGGAAAGGGGUUAUUGUGCUGUCUGACUGUAGCCAUUUUGAGUCCUCUAUUUGUAUUUACAGUCAUACCUUGGAAGUUGAACAGAAUCCUUUCCGGAAGUCCGUUUUGACUUCCAAAACAUUUGAAAACCAAAGCGCAACUUCUGGUUGACUGCAGGAAGCUGCUGCAGUCAAUCGGAAGCCGCGGAAGCCCCGUCGGACAUUCAGCUUCCAAAAUAAUGUUUGAAAACUGCAACAGUCAGGAGCCAAAACAUUCAAGAACUAGGCUGUUUGACUUCCAAGGUACGACUGUACACUGCAGAAAGUAAAUCAGGUAUAGCUUUCCCUAACAGAGGCAUAAUGGCACUAACUAGUACAAUAUAUAAAAUAUAGGAAGCGGCACUAUACAGUCAAUUUGUUGGUCUAACUCUGCAUGAUUUAUAGUGAUUGGCAGUGCCUCUGCUGGUUUCAGGGCCAGGGCCUUUCCCUACCAGGAGAUGCCAGGGACUGAAAUCAUCUGCUUGGCCCACCGAGCUACAGCACUUUCUCUCAGGAAAGCUACAGAAAUGGGACGGAGGGUGGUGGACUGCAUUCUAGAGAACCUGCAUGGUUCUUCCAAAAACCCAUUUCUAAGAGUAAUGACCACAGAAUUGGUGGGGGGUAGGUAUGCUAGGGCUGACAUGCUAAGGUUUGGAGGCGUAGAGAGAACUGCUUGCCUUUUGCUACAGGCUUUUCAUUUGAGAGCGUGUUCCACAAAAAGCUUGUGUAGAGGGUAAGACAGUUCCCCACUCCUUCUAGUCACACAACCCCAUCUCUGUCCUUUUCACACAGGAAUAUCUAUGGCUGAAGAAAAGGUGGUGUUUGGUGUACAGAACAACUCAACUUUUCUUGAGUGCCUUCCACGUUCCCCGCAGACGGCUAUCCGUUGGCUUGUGCAGCACAGCAAUGCACCAGUCCUAGAGGAGGUAUAGCAGUGGGGAAGGAGACGGGGUUGUGGAGUCGUUUCUUUGGGCCCUGGGGAGCCAUGGGAACAAAGGGUUUCAUUACUGUGCAGGGAAAGGAGAAAGAAUGUGUUUAAAUCAUUUAUUUUAGACAUUUAUUUAUAUACCACUUAAUCAUCGGCAUUGCUAAGAGCUGCCUUUCUUCUGGCCAGACUGCUAAACAAGCAGAUAUUGUUCCUUGCAGAUUGGGAGCAUGGGCCGCUUUUCAAUCCUAGAGCAAGGGCUGCUGAUUAAUCAGUUGACCCAGGAGGAUGCUGGGCUCUACCAGUGCCAAGGGACGGAGCACUCCUUCUCCCAGACCCUCACCUACUACAGCCUGCGCAUCAUUGGGCACCAGGCCAUGGAGGCUUUCACCACCAGGCGGAGCAAGAGCACAGAAGCAGCAGGAGGCCCACACGGCACCAUCCCUGCGUCAGAGCUGCAGCUGCAUUACAAAGGGUACUCAUGGGCCAUGGGCGCCCCUGGCACUAAUUUGGAUGAGCUUUGCGAUGCUCUCCAGCGGAGGAAAAGGCGGAGACAGAAAGGAUGGAGCCCAAAGUGGCAGCAGCAUCCUUUAGAAAGCAAGAGAGGCAGAGUCCGUCGGCAGCCUGGGCCCCUGUAA